GCUGCUUGUAGUUUCUUUCCAGUAUUCCUGCUAAGUGAUCUGCCUCAAUAAUCCAAGGUUAGUUUCUGUAUCAUUUAUUCUACAGUCGGUUUACAACCAAAACAGCAUCCGAAGAUGGCUUCCAAGGUUCGGAAUAGAGAUAAAACCCCCCCGGCGUCCGCUCCUGAUACGCGUGAUGCAGAGGACAAGUAUCCGGAAAGAAGAAAGGAACGCCGAUGGCCUACUGAUCCGUGGGAGAAAGACUUUCGAUUGCCAGCGGCCAAUGCUACAUUAGACGAGAUACGUGAUCAGCUGGGGCCUGUCCCUGAGGAGUUUCAGAUCUCGGACAAGGAACUACGCCGGCUUCAAAGCAAGGAAUGGGCGGAGAGACGCCGGCCGUAUUAUCGGUGGAUGGCAAUACUCAAGGAGCGUGGCCUCUAUGAGGAGUACCAUCAGAGUUUUCCACUUGAGUCCAUAUGGGAGGAGGAGUAUUCUUGUGCUAGGAGCUUUCUUUCUCGGAGUGCACCAGACCUGCUGGGCCAAUUUGAGCACUAUUGGAGUUCUGCGAUCAAGGGAACUCGGCAGACAUCUGCUUAUGGCCACGACGUCAAGCUUUAGUCUCUAGGUUCUAGCCUGAUUAUGUCUGCUUACUAUGCCUGUUUUUGUUCCGUUGCGGGAUAUGAUAGUCAGUAUAAGUAUGUUGAUUGGUUGAUAUCCAGACAGUAAUGUAGUAAUUCAAGGUACUGUGAUGGGCAUCUCUACGCGGAUACCCCUGUAACCCUGAUUGCCCAGACGCGUAAGCCGACUGCAGCCCUGGGCCGGUGGCCGAUAAUCAAUCUAGGUACUAUUUCGGCUACAUCAGGGGCUCGCCCU